AUGAAUGAACAUUCUCGAAUACCGGAUGAAAACCUUCUCGUGCUUCCCGUUCUGGUUAGGGGAUGUGUUGAUAUUGAGAUCACUUUUCUCCAGAACCUAGCGUACAAAAGCACUUGUUUCAUCAUUUUGGAUUCCCCAGGGAGACCGAACAACCAGUUGAAGAAAGAAGAACAACCCCAGAAACAUACCAAAACACAACUCAAUACCCCAACCAGUAUUAUGAGUCGACUCGCAUUAUCAGCAUCCGACGUCCUCCUGUACGUCCUCGCCCUGUUCCUGCCUCCCGUGGCGGUCCUCCUCAAGACCGGGUUCGGGGGCGAUUUCAUCAUCAACAUCCUGCUGUGUCUGCUGUGGUGGUUCCCGGGCAUCAUCCACGCCUGGUGGGUGCUUUACCGGUACGACAGGUCACGGACGGAGGAGGAGACGUACAUCCUCAAGCAAACCACGUAA